CAAGGACUUGCUGCUUACUGCGCCAUCGAUGCCUUAUCUAUGUAAAACAUCUUUGUCACUAUGUAAAUAUCGUCAUACAUGCACAAAAACUGCACUACGACUAUUUAAGUAUACAAAUGCAAAUACAGAUAUAUUCGAAAAUGUAAAUUUACUGAUAUAUUUGUAUUAUCAACCAUCGCCGUAUCCCUUAACAAAAGGUAGAAAAACACGUCCCAACGCAUAGCUAAUUGUAAAUACGAACCUCUGAACUCGGCGCCUCUAGUCAUUGCAUUUUCAUGAAGGCUUUACACACACAUACACACUAUAUUAGUUUACGUGUGUGCGUAAAGGCGUUACUGAAACUCAGGCGCCGCCUUAAAGUCAGUCGAUGCGCGGACGUCACAGCGGACGGUCGUCGAUUUAGUCGCGUUCGAAAUUCAAAAGUGACAGUUAUCACAGGAUUGAGUGAGAGACUCAACCGAAAAAAUGGAGUCAAAGAAAAAGAAGAAGAAUCCAGUUGGUACUGGGACCCUCCGCCGCAGCCUGCGCGAACUGACGCGGACAUCGAAAACGUGUACAAAACGCAAAUUAAAGAACUACAAGACGAAAUAUCCACCUUAAAAGAACGCUAUAAUAUAGAUCCGAGACAAGAUAAUGACGACGAACUUGAGAAACUAAGGGAAGAAAACAAAAACCUAACGACAAAUCUAGAAGAUUUGGAUUCUCAACAUCAGCUAGCUAUGGAGAGACUUUUAAGCUUAAAGAAAGAGUUGCAAAAGAAUUUUGAAGUUCUAAGGCAAGAGCAUGAAGAUCUAAAGUACAACAACGAUGAAUACGCAAAUGAAAUUAAGGUUCUGCAAGCUAAAAUAGCAGAGAAGGAUAAAGAUUUGGAAACUUUGAAGACAGCUAAGGCAGAUUAUGAUACGUUGCACCAUAAAUAUAUGAAUUUAGAAAGAGUACAUGAUCUCUUAAGAGAAAAUGCUGAGAAAUUUCAGGAAGAGAAUCAAGAAUUACAUGAAGAAAUAUUUAAAUUACAGGAGCAGGUAACUAAAUUAGAACACGAAGUAGAAAUUGUUACUAAGCAUUCCGAGUUGUCUGAGACUGUACCUAGAGAUAGGUACGAAGAGUUGUUAAAGGAACUGAAUGAUCUCAAAGACAGUAGAAACUCCAACCACCAGCAUAUUGAUGAAGUCAAUAUUGAUGAUAACGCUAAGAGUGUCAUCGAAACAUUGAAAAGAGAAUUGCAUGAAGUGAAACAUAGAUUAGCUCAAAAGGAAAGUGACGCGCAAUCGGAGAGCAAAGUAAUUAAAACUGAAAAGAUAAUACAGUUUUAUAAUAAAUACGUGAACUUUGAAAUUCCUGUAGAUUACCUGGGAGAAGUGCCAUCGAGUGGCGAAAAUAUAGUGGUAUUUAAAUUAGAAAGUGUUUUUAAAACACUGAAUUCCUUUAAGAAAGACAUUGAUAAGCUUAACCAUAAGCUGUCUGAGAAGAAACUUAACAUCGACCAUAUGCAGACACAGAUAGAUGAUUUGACAACAGAAAAUGACUUCUUAACCAAUGACUUACAUCACACAGAGAGAGAGUUGGAGGAAAUGAAAAAGAAUAAUGACUUUUUGAUAUCAGAAAUUGCGGCCUUAAAGAAUACGUCCAAACUAGAACCUAUAAUAGAAACGCAUGAAGAUAACUUAGCAAAACUAGAGACAGAACUAGCAGAUUCAAAUAAAUUAAAUAAGAAUUUCGAGUCUAAAAUACAACGAAUAGAAAAAGAACUAGAGGCAGUUAAACAUGAGAAAGUUUUGCUGCAAACAAGCUUAGCUGACUUGAAAGAGAAAUAUACGUUGAUGCUUAGUGAACUAGACAUGUUCAAAACAAAAACAAAGGAUGUGGAAGACUUAGAAAAGACUGUCAAUAUUGCAAGUGAAGAAAUGGUUAAAAACUGUACACAUGAAAUCCAUGACUUGAGAAAGCGGCUUAAUGCUGCUAAUGCUAAAAACGAACAAUUGUCAAUAGACGUGCAUAUUGCAGAAAAUGACAAAGUAUUGCUUACGCAAGAAAUUGAUAAUCUUAAGCAAAGUCUUAAACACGACACACAGAGUUCGUCCAAAUCUAAUGACGAACAUGAUGGAAGGUUACCAGAGGUUGUUGAAGAUAGUUUAGAGCCACAAGCUAGAGCUGCGAGUAGUCAUUUAUUAGAAACAAGUGCAAAACAGAAAAAUAUCAACAACGUAUUGAAAGAAGUUGAAGUAAUAAAAUUAGAAAAAGCACAAAUUGAAGCGCAAUUGGAUAUCGCCAAGGAUGAAAAUACGCUAUUAAAGGAAGGUAUUAGCCAACUUAAUACGGCAAUUGAUCACAUUAGACAGCAAGAGCAACACUUGCUUAUUCAAAUAGACGAUUUAAAGAAAUCAAGACAAGCAGUACUUGACAACGAACAGCUGCUUCAAGGAACUAUUGAAAAGUUGAAUGCAAAGGUAGAAACGCAAGAAAUAUUAACUACGGAGAUAGGUAAACUCAAAGAAGAAAAUUUACAUUUGACUCAAAAGAAAGUUCAACUAGAAGCAGAGUUGUUAUCUACAGAUGGUAAAAUCACACAAUUAAAUCAAGAAUUUGAAAAAGUAUUAUGCAAUGUAAGUGAAAAAGAUAGUCUUAUAGACGCUCUAAAUACCACUGUCACUGAAAAUAACUCUAAAGUAAUUUAUUUGAAUGAAAAAAUAUCAGAGUUAGAAAAUAAUUUAGUGUCUAAAAACAAUGAAAUCAUCAAACUACAAAAAUCUGUCGAACAUGUUACUGAAGCAUUAAAUCAAACAAACCAGCAAUCAAAUCAAAGUAAAGAAGUGAUUUUACUAGAAAAAGAAUCUCUGAACCAACAGCUUAUUGAGCUUAAUGUUGAGCUUAAAAAUAAAACAGACCAAAUUUCUGCCUUAAACAAUACAAUUGCAGAAGUUGAAAGAAAUUGUUCUGAAUUCAAAUCAUUAGCAGAUGAGAAAGACAAGGAAAUCAAAGAACUACGUCAAAGUAUAGUUGAAAUUAGUGACAAACUGAAAAAUGUCGACCAUACAACAAAUGCUGAUGAUUACGCCAUAUUACUUAAAGAAAAAGAAGCCAUACAAAGCCAAGUUGUAGAUCUGCAAAAUAAUAUUACUGUUAAGCAGGAGGAACUUAAUGAAAUUAAAGCAAAACAUGACCUAACGGAGAAAGCUUGUAUUGAAUACAAAACUUUAGUAGAAAACACAACAGCCGAAAAAACGGAGCUAAUAAAUCUAGUUAAUUUAAAACAUAAUGAAAGUUUGCAGUACCACAACGAAAUACAAAGGCUAAAUCAUAUCCUUUUAGAGCAGAAUUCUGAAAUGAAAAAAAUGAUUGAAGAAAGGAAUCAGCAAAUGCAAAAUAAUGAAAGCUGUCCAACCUGCGAGAAUUUACGAAUGACUCUUCGAGAAAAGGAUGAAAUAAUAAUGAGUCUUAAUCAGAACAAUAGUGUGUUUGAAAAGAAUAAGGCUGAUUUAUUAAAUGCGAAUGAAAGUUUGAGAAUGUUAACGGAGAAAUGCGACGGUUUGGAGAAAAAUCUUCAGAUUCAGCUGGAGAAUGUAAAGACAUUGGCAGCAGAAAAGAUACAGCUCUCAGAGCAACAUGAUAACGCCACGCGCGAACUGGAGCGACUACGUCACCAUCUAGUCGAGAUGGAAGACAACUAUACACAAGAGCUGAUGACGUCAGAACAGAAACUGACGGAAUGCCAGUCGAGGUUGCAACAUGUAGAGGAAAGAGCUAAGCAGAGCAGUACGGUUUAUACUAGUAAUAGCAUCCGAGCCAAUCAAGAAGUAGAAACGCUGCGUAACCAGAUCAAGCUGUUGGAGAAGCAACGAGAAGAGGUCCAGGCAAGGUUAGGGGAAGCUGAAGAUGCGAGGGGACGAAGUGAGGCUGCGCUAACCAACCUUCAAGUCGUUCUAGAGCAGUUCCAAUUAGACAAAGAACGUGACAUCCACGCCGCCACCGAAAAAAUAAGAAACAAAAUGGAGGACCUGAAAAAAGAAAAUGGCGGACUACAGAAAGAGAUAGAAAAACUCAACGUAAAACUGCAAGAAUCUUUAGCUGGUCUCCAAGCCGCCACAAGACUUGGGGAUCAACUAGAAACAAAAACAGCGCAAAUCAAUGAUUUGAAAGAACAAGUGAAAACUCUGCAGACGUCGGUAGGCGCGGCCGAAGAGAGAUACUACAAAGCCAUAUCCAACCAACAAGACAAAGUGGACAAGAACCUCGUCAAGAACCUUGUCUUAAACUUCGUGCUUACUGCGGGGAACAAUACUAAUAAGACACAAAUACUGCGGGUACUUUCAACGGUGCUAGAUUUCAACCAGCAGGAGUGCCGGAAGCUUGGCUUAGAGAAGGCCCCCCCUACGGACAGUUUGGCCGCAGAAUUCGUCAAAUUCCUCCAGGACGAGAGCAAGCCGCGUGCGCCGUUACCGAGCAUGAUGGGUCUCACCAGGAGUAAUACGCCGAGCUCGAGGAAAAGUUCUACCAUAGGUCCAUCUCCCAUCCCAUCAGAAGUCCUGGGACACAAGCGUAACCCCUCCACCGGCUCCAACAACCUCCUCUUCCAAAACAUAGACAACGUGGAGACCACCUCGCAGAUAUCCAUCGAGUCCGACCAUCGAGUCUCCACUAGUAUGGACACGGGAGUUAACCAGAUGAGGAACACAGAGGGCGCCAUUUUGAAACAUGUUUUGAAAGAUAUGUAGGUAAAUACAGUACCUAAACAUAUUAUAGAAAAGUUACCUACUAAUUCAAAACAUAGACAACGCGGAGAACAUGACAGAUAUUCAUCGAUUCUGACCAACGAGUCUCCACUAGUAUGGACACAGAAGUUAACCAGACGAGGAACACAGAGGGCGCCAUUUUGAAGCAUGAUUUGAAGGAUAUUUAGGUAAAUACAGUAAAGAUAUUAUAGAAAAGCUACCUACUCUUUCAAAACAUAGACAAAGUGGAGAGCACAUCACAGAUAUCCAUCAAGUCCGACCAUCGAGUCUCCACUAGAAAUACAGAGGGUGCCAUUUUGAAACGCGUUUUGAAGGAUACGUAAAUAAAUAUGUAUAAUUGUAAAAUAUACCGUUUAUAGAAAACGCUAAACAAAAUUUAAAUAAGAUCACGUGACUUUUAUCCGCAUUUGUCAUCUCGAUACAAUUUUCUUUUCGUUUGUCGUCUAUCAUCUUGGCUACGGCCUCUGAGAGUUGUACGUCUGUACAUUUGUUUAAAGUUGACCAAGUUUUUGUAUUGAAAUAAUAAAUGUGCUGUCAACGCGAACCAGUCUCGGUCUUUCUAGUGCUUGGAACUGAAGACUUAGGCUCUCCAAAGCAUGUCACGCGAGGAACUUAACACAUUCAAUACCAAGCAAGGCUCGGAAACCGGUUAAAUUUCCAAACCGUUAUCAUUUACUUGGCGCCAAACGUUUUAAUUUCGGUUUCGUUCGUAAAACGGUUAUUUUUAAACCGGUUUUUAGGGGAACAUUUCCAUGAAUUUCUUAUCAGAUAAACCGGUUUAGAACAAUAAAAACCGGUUUCUUCCUAGGUAGGUGUGAUGGUUUACGCGGCACACCACCAAGCCAACCGGCCGUCUCGUCGUUCGUCGAAUAAACCGGUUUGUUUAAGUUACAAUACAGUUCUUAAAACGUUCGCGUUCUUAUGAAAGUUCGGAGUAAAACCAAAAUAAACCGGUAUAUUACCGCUAUUUUGAAAACCGGUUCCUUUCGCUUGGCAAUGAAAGUGUUAAUAUAAAUUAGUUAUUGUAAAAUCAUUUUAAUGAGUGAUUGUUAUUCUAAUGUCCAUAAACUUCUGAAAAAAUAUGAAUGUAUUUCUUAAGACCUUACAAUCUCCAAAAAGUCUAUGAGUACAGGAGUAAGCCAUACCAAUUAAUAACAUAUAUGUGUUGAGAGACAAGGAAUUUGAUUUAAAAGACGUUCAUUCAACAAGACAAUUAGCUAAAGAAACAAAAAAACGUUUUUGAAGUACCUAUAUUAAAUAAUUACUUUAAAGUCUAUUUUUACCCGACUACGGCCAAAUGGACUAGAACUUGACCAGUUUGUUUAAAUCAUAGAUACUAAAAUUUCAUUUAUAAUCUACUGCGCAAUCUCAUCCAGCGGUAGCAGUAUGGUUCCAUUUUUAUCACUUGUCACUAUGCUCGUCACUUUCCCACUUACAUACUUGUUAGAACGUGACAGGCAUGGUGACAAAUGAUAAAGAGCUGACCAUCUUAGCCCUACUGGUCUAUUCAGAUAAUAAUUUCUUGUUAUAAAAAAAAAAACUGACUUUUCUGGAGUAACUGUUGGCUGACAUAUCAUAUCCAUAAUCAAUUAAUCAAACAUCAAACAUUUAUUCAGCAUAUAGGCCACAGGGGCACUUUUACUUGUAUUUUUUUUACCAAUAAACAAAAAUUACAAAUAUGGAAUCAAUGAGAUAUUAGAUAAUUUAUUAGAGAUGUAUACAGUCCCGAAAUGUCGAACUACACAAAAAAAUGAUAAAAAAUACAAACAAUAAAUACUAAAAAAAUUUAGAGAUGGAAUAGUCUCUAAGUGUCAGAGAUAAAAUAUAAUUAAAAUCGAUCCUUGAAUUAUCCUUAGAUAUGUAAAGGGUCUCCAAGACUUGUAUUCUUAUAUAAAUAAUUAAAUAACAAUUAAAUUUUAUUAUAUAAUUAAAACAGACCAACAGAAAAGAACCGUUAAUGCCACUCAAUAAAUUAUUAUCUGAAUUGUCCUCCGACUGUCAUUUUAGUAUAAAACCAGAUAGACUAGACAAUCUUACUGUUAUUUUAGUAUCUGUCAUAUAAAAACAUUAUAAAGUGUCGUGGUUCAAUUAAUAUAGUAUUAUUAAUCAGUGCUUUUCUACAAAUAACUGUUAAUCACAUUUGUACUCUAGUGAAUCUGUAAAAUAUUUAGCAUUUAUUUAACUUUGAGUUCAAUUUAAGUAUGUUCAAACAAACUUAAGUAUCUAAGUAGAUAGCUGAAGACAUAUCUGGGCUACCAACGUGCCAAAAAUAUCUUCACAUCGUUCUGUAUCAAUUAUAUCAGAACAGACUUAGUAGCGCAGAUAUUUUUUCUGCUGACUUUACUUUGUAUAUGGGUCAAAAGUCAUUUCGUUGUCUUGUUUUUGACCACUCUGUCACGCUUGUAUAUUAGUGACUAUCAAACAAAUAAAAGACUUCGAGUGCUAUUGCAUGUCUUUCUAGCUUUAGAUUAUAAUUCCCACGAGAAAAAUAAAAUAUUAAUUUCAAUCAUCUCAUAUAAAAAGCUCCAUUUCGUCACAUUUUUUGGGGACUAAAAACAAUACAACGAUAACAAUUUUGACCGAUAUGUUUUAGUACAUUUUAGUGCCUUAUUUAAAAAGAUUUUAGCAAUAGUUGUCAUAUUUUCACCGUUUAAACCAUUUUAUACAUAAUUUUGAGGAUGUUUUUUAUUUUUCGCAUAAAAUCGCGAAUUAUGCACGGAAGUAUAUAUUUUACGUUUAAAUUAUGUUUUU